UGUGAUUUCGUUCAGCCUUCACGAAGAUGUUGGUUAAUCGUCUGUCACUUCUUACUGCUUAUGGCUUGCUCGGUGGAUUGACGUAUGCUCAAUUCCCACCUACGCCUGAGGGCGUCACUGUACUAGAUUCGCAUAUCGAGGAUGGCAUCCGCAUCUCGUAUAAGGAGAAUGACCUCUGCGAGACGACUGAUGGCGUUCGAAGUUACUCCGGCUACGUCCAUCUGCCUGCCGGUGCUCUCGCCGAUCUAGGCGUGCAGAACCAGACGUACGAAAUUAACACCUUCUUCUGGUUCUUUGAGUCUCGAAAGGAUCCUGCGAAUGCACCUCUGUCAAUCUGGAUGAAUGGUGGACCUGGUUCCAGCAGUAUGCUUGGGCUGCUGCGCGAGAAUGGUCCCUGCUAUGUCAACUCGGACUCUAACUCAACAUAUUUGAGUGAUUGGUCAUGGAAUAACGAAGUCAACAUGCUAUAUCUCGACCAGCCAGUGCAAGUUGGCAUGAGUUACGACAGCUUGACUAACAUCACUACCAACAUUGACACCGGGGACGUAGAAGUUGCCGACUUCUCAAACGGAGUGCCAACCCAGAAUGCUUCCUUCUACGUGGGCACCUACGCCAGCCAAGAUGCCAACCUGACUACUCGCGGCACCGAGAACUCUGCACGAGCUCUUUGGCACUUUGCACAAGUCUGGUUUCAAGAAUUCCCGCAGCACAAGCCCAACAAUGACAGGAUCUCGAUUGCUACCGAGUCCUACGGUGGCCGCUAUGGGCCUGCAUUUGCAGCCUACUUCCAAGAACAAAACGAGAGAAUCCUCAAUGGCACAUGGGACGAACAAGGUCAAACCCACUUGCUCCACCUCGAUACUCUUCUCAUCAUCAAUGGCUGUAUUGACCGUUACGUCCAAUGGGCUGGCUACCCACAGAUGGCCUAUAACAACACGUAUGGCAUCAAGGUGUACAACGAGUCUCGUUACGAAGGAGUGAUUGACGCUUUGUAUCGCACUGACGGCUGCUUGCACCAAAUCGAGCACUGUCGGAACUUGAGUCUUGCCUACGAUCCCACCAAUCAGGGCUUUAACGAAAGUGUGAACACUGUCUGUCAAAAAGCUGAAACGUUCUGCACAGCAGAAAUUCGUGACCCGUAUUUUGACAGCGACGUCAACUACUACGACAUUUCCGCACCUGGCGCAGCCUCCUUUCCUGCACCUUGGUACGCAGGCUGGCUCAACCAGCCUCACGUGCAGCAAGAUCUAGGCAUCCCCCUUAACUGGACGCAAUCCAACUCCGCCGUAUCACGAGCCUUCCGCAGCAUCGGCGAUUACCCACGCCCAGGCUGGAAAGAAGACCUCGCCUACCUCCUCGACGAGGGCGUCAAAGUAGCCUUAGUCUACGGCGACCGCGACUACGCCUGCAACUGGUACGGCGGCGAAGCGCUCUCCCUCGCCAUCCCGUACGAAAACGCCACAGAUUUCGCCGUUGCCGGCUACGCACCCGUUGUUGUCAACGACACAUACAUUGGCGGCCAGGUGCGUCAACACGGUAACCUCUCGUUCACACGCGUCUACCAAGCCGGCCACGAAGUCCCCGCCUACCAGCCCGAAACCGCGUUCCGCAUCUUCCAGCGCGCUCUAUUCAACCUUGACAUCGCCACGGGCAACAUCUCGACGAUCGAUCACCCAGACUAUUCAUCUGAGGGCGCGGUGAAUGUGUACAACAUCACCAACGAGCCGGUUACGCUGCCGGGGAGCCAGUGCUAUGUGCUGGAUCGGGAGCAGUGCACCGAGGAGCAAUGGGAGAUGGUGAUGAAUGAGACGGCGUUGAUUAAGAAUUGGAUCGUGGUCGAUGCUAAUACGAGUUAUUUGUUCCCGGAGCUGGUGGGUAACGGGACUGGGACGGACAAUGGUACGGUGAGUCCUACGCAGAGUGGAAGUGGUGCACCGCCUGAGUCGACGGGCGCGGCGGGCAGGAACAUGGCUGGUACUGUGGUCUUUUCGGUGCUGGUUGCUGCUUUGCUCGCUAUGCUGUAA